AAAUUAUCUUAUUGCAAAAUGGGUGUGAAAGAUUUGUGGAAUAUUUUAUCACCCAUAAGCGAUAGAAAACCAUUAUUUGAAUUACAAGGUAAAGUAAUAGCGAUCGAUUUGAGUUGCUGGAUCGUCGAUAGUCAAACUAUUACAGAUAAUGCAAUUCAACCAAAAAUGUAUCUGCGUAAUCUUUUCUUUCGUACCUCGCACCUUCUCCUUCACAAUAUUUUUCCAGUCUUUAUUUUGGAAGGAACAGCACCAGUUUUGAAACAUAAAACUAUUGCAAAAAGAAAUGAUAUUCGUCAUGAAGGCGAAGAAAGAAAAAUAACAAAGAAAACAGGUAGAACGCGUUUUAAUUAUGUAAUAAAAGAAUGCGAAGAGAUGCUACGUUAUAUGGGUAUAGCUUGCAUUAAAGGCUACGGAGAAGCCGAGGCUAUGUGCGCCUAUUUAAACGAGGAUGGACUAGUCGAUGGUUGUAUUAGUCAAGAUAGUGACUGCUUUCUGUAUGGGGCUAAAAAAGUGUACCGUAACUUUUGCACAACUACACAAGGAAAUAGAGUGACAAGUGCUGGAUCCAUAGAUGAAUAUUCCAUGGAAAAAAUUGAACAAGUUUUCAAUCUUGGCAGAAAUAAAAUGAUAGCUUUAGCUUUAUUGUGCGGAUGUGAUUAUGAUGAUGGAUUACAUGGGGUAGGAAAAGAAGCAGCAUUAAAAUUAUUGAAAAUGUACAAAGACGAUGAAAUUCUUGAUAGGAUGAAACAAUGGAGAACUGAUAUGAUAUUUACAAGACUGGAAAAUGAAUUAUCCAAUCCAAAUAUAUGCACUAAUUGUGGACAUUUUGGAAAAGUAAGGUCUCACGUUAGAAUUGGCUGUGCUGAUUGCGGAACUUCUACAAAAUGUUCCAAUAGUUACAAAGAAAAGCGAAUUUUGAUUUCUAACGAAUUAGCAUUAAGGAAGAAAGCAUUAUUAAUUGAAAAUUUUCCUAACCAAGAACUUAUAAAUGAAUUUUUAAUUCGUAAAGGAGCAGUACCUUCGACAUUGAAUUUAGAAUGGAGAAAACCUAAAAUAGUUGAAUUUGUUCAUUUUAUGGAGAGAAAAGGAUUAUGGGAGCCCAAUUAUGCAUUCACAAAAAUUUUUCCUCUUAUGACAAGAUGGCAAUUGUUGAAUUUAAUUAAAUUACCAUUUGAGCAACGUAUAUCUGCACCAGGUAUCUUUAUUGCUGAAAAAAUAAGAAAAAAAAGAAACAUUCGUAGCAUUGCUAGUUAUGAGAUUUUAUGGCUUGACAAAGAUAAUCUUUUAAAAGAAUUAAAUUUAGUAGAUGUAAACGGUGAAGGGAAAAACGAAGAAAAUGAUGAUUCUAAUUCUAUUUUUGAAUUAGUGACGAUCGAGCCUCAAGAUGCAACUUUAAAAUGUUAUCCAAAUAUUGUUCAUGAAUUUGAUAUUUUGAUAAAUGCAAAAAAAAAAAAAUCCGAUGGUAAGAAAAAAGUGAAAGAUAACGUCAAAGAAUCAGAUGAAAAGAAGAAAACGGAAACAAAAAAACGAGGCAAAAGAAAAUCUGCCGAAAUUGUGAAUAAUAAGAAAAUUCUAGAAUUUUUUACCAUUAAUAAACUAAGUUUAAAUGAAUCGAUGGAAAAGCUAGAUAUUAGAUCAAAACGUAAUAAAAAAAGUGAGAAUUUGAAAGACCCGAAUAUAAUGAAAAGAGGACCGCAGUUUGAUAAGGUCAUGAGCGUUGAACGAUUAGAUUCAAUUUUAAAUGGAUCAUUAGAAGCAAUGUUUAAUCAAUUAGUUCCGGAGGAUUUCGCGAGCGACAUUGAUAAUUCUAUAGAUAUGUCCAUAAUUAUUAAUAACAUUUGUAGUAGGAAUAGCGGACAACAAAACAUUGCUUUUGAGUAUGAGAAAAAUGCAUCGAAUCUUAAAAAUAAUAAUGAUAGUAUUAUGCAAAAAGAAGAAAACAACGUAUUUUUGGUUGAUGAAAAUGUAUUUAAAAAUGUUAAAAGAAAUGAGGAAAUUGAUGAAUUCGAUAUUUUAAAUGAAACUUACAUACCUUUAGAUGUAAGAUUGUCUAACAAAAAAAGAGAGCAUAAUAAAAUAGAUGUAAACUUAUUAACAAGCCAAAAUAACGUUAGAUUUAGUUUGGGAAUCGAUAGCUUAUUAAAUGAAACGGACAAUUAA